AUGACAAAUGUUCAAAAGCAUAUGCUUUUAAAGUUUGGAUCCGAUAGCAUAUGCAUCGAUAGCACACAUGGGACUAAUGCUUACGAUUUUCAAUUAUCGACAGUUUUAGUCAUAGACGAGUUUAAUUCAGGAUUUCCUGCUGCUUUUUGCCUAAGCAAUAAUAGAGUAAAUUUAGGUUCAAUGCAAAAAUUUUUUCAGUGUAUUAGGGACAAAGUUGGACUGCUGUCUGUAAACUGCUUUAUGAGUGAUGAUGCACCAGUAUAUUAUACUGCAUGGACAUCAGUAAUGUGUGAUGCCAAAUUUAGGAUUCUAUGCACCUGGCACGUUAAAAAGGCAUGGCUGCAAGCAGCAAAUUCAAUUAUCCCCUCAAAGCGAAAGGAAGUUUUGAAAUUUUUAAAUGUAGUAUCUGAAUGUCAUGAUAUAAAAGAAUUUGAAGCACUGAUAUCUGAUUUCCUCAGCAAACUCUUUGCUGAUAGAGAUACAGACAAGUUUGCUAAUUAUUUUGCUUCAAAUUAUGCAAACAGAUGCGAGUUGUGGGCUAAAUGUUAUAGAAAAAGAUGUAACAUCACAACUAACAAUCAUCUUGAAGCACUGCAUCGAGUUUUAAAAUAUUCUUAUCUUGAUGGAUUGAAAAACAAGAGGGUUGAUAGGUGCAUUGCGAAGCUUAUUAAUAUGGUGCAAGAUAAAUGGUUCCAGAGAUUUAUCAAAACAACAAAAGGGCCAAACACAUCAAAGAUCAACCAAACAAAUUUACGACACAACAGAGCAAUAAAUUUUCCAGCUAAUAAUAUCACAGAAAUCAAUGAGUUUUCUUGGCAUGUGAUUUCAGAAAGUGACCCUACUCUUGAAUAUACUGUUACUCAAAUACAUACACAAUGCAUUAAUUGUAACAUUGUUUGUAAAUGGUGCAAAAUUUGUAACGAUGCAUUUGUAUGCACAUGCACAGAUGCCACGAUUAAAGGAAGUGUCUGUAAACAUAUACAUGCAAUAAUUUUAAAGACAAGAUUACUUAAUAGAGAACAGUCAGCUAAAACUAAAGAAUCAAAUGAUGUAAAACUCCUUUCUUGA